ACCCAUAUCACACGUUGGAAGUCCUCAUAAACUUAAAAAUAAACAAAAGCAAAGCCUUCAACAAAUGAAGACGCCUCCCCCUCCCCCCUCCUCUUCUUUCUCCCUUAUCAGAAAGGCUCGUCUCUCUCCUUACUUCUUCACCAUAUUGGCCUUCAUGGCUUUUGUGGCAGUUCUGUACGGCGAGGACUUCUUCAGCCAACAGCUACAGCAAAGUCCACAUAAUGACCAGCCCAUCUCAAAGGCCGUUAAGAAGAGGGAGAGAUUGCCAUUCGCCAUCGGAGAGAGUGAGGGAAGAUGCGAUGUCUUCAGCGGGCGGUGGGUGAGGGACGAAGCGCGGCCUCUCUACGAGGAGUCGGAUUGCCCGUACAUACAACCACAGCUAACUUGCCAGAAGCAUGGGAGACCUGACAAGGAGUAUCAGUACUGGAGAUGGCAGCCUCAUGCUUGCUCCCUUGCCAGUUUCAAUGCUACAUUGAUGCUCGAGACUCUUCGAGGGAAGAGAAUGAUGUUUGUGGGUGAUUCUUUGAACCGAGGUCAGUUUGUCUCCAUGGUGUGUCUUCUCCAUUCAAUCAUUCCUGAAAAUGCCAAAUCCAUGGAAACCUUUGACUCACUAACUGUCUUCAGGGCCAAGGACUACAAUGCAACUAUUGAGUUCUAUUGGGCACCAUUCCUUCUUGAAUCGAACUCAGACAAUGCUGUCACCCAUAGGAUAUCUGAUAGAAUAGUUAGGGAAGGUUCGAUCGAUAAGCACGGCGAGAACUGGAAAGGAGUCGACAUAAUGGUAUUUAAUACCUAUCUUUGGUGGAUGACCGGCCUCAAGAUGAAGAUCUUGCGAGGGCCAGGAUCCUUCAAUGAUGAAGUGAAGGAUGUUGUGGAGCCAUCAACAGAGGAUGCUUACCGUAUGGCAAUGAGAAGUAUGCUGAAAUGGGCAAAGAAGAACAUGGAUCUUAAGAAGGCAAGGGUCUUCUUUACCAGCAUGUCACCUUCUCAUGGAAAGAGCAUAGAUUGGGGAGGCGAACCGGGCCGAAACUGUUACAAUGAAACAACAAUGAUCGAAGAUCCUACGUACUGGGGAUCGGAUUGCCGGAAAAGUGUAAUGCAGGUGAUCGGAGAAGUGUUCGGCGAAUCGGAGAUACCCAUCACAUUUCUCAACAUCACCCAACUCUCAAGUUACCGCAGGGAUGCCCACACUUCAAUUUAUAAGAAGCAGUGGACUCCAUUGACUCCUGAGCAAUUAGCAAACCCUUCUAGCUAUGCAGACUGUGUGCAUUGGUGUUUGCCUGGCCUUCAGGACACUUGGAAUGAGCUGCUUUUCACAAAGCUUUUCUAUCCUUAGCAGUCAUGAAUGAAGAAUCAUUUUGUGCAUUUACGCAUCGAAGCAGCAUUUUACAUUUUAUCACAUCAAAAAUGUAUCAUAUUUGAAGUAAGAAAUGGAAAGACAAAAGAUUAGAAUCUGAUUAUCAAUA